GGAGAGGGGAGAAAGGAAGGCGGGAGGGACGGAGGGGAGGCAGGAGAGCAGAGCUGAGAGAAAUCUGUCACAUUCAAACACACUGUUCAAGGGAAGCGAGGGAUGAGGGAGGAGAGCCGAGGAACAGAUAGAAAGAAGCAAGAGAGCGGCUCAAAGUGAGGCUGGGUCGCCUAUGGAUCUGGAACCCAGGGGAUUCCAUGGAGUCAUCGACCCGACGCUGAGGCUCUGAGGGCGGCUGGAGAGCAGCGAGGCCAGAGGGGUGAAAGGUGACGACUACCGAGGGUGGAAAGGUUUCAGGAGGGGGAGAACCGGGAAGCAUCGGGACGGAAGACGAACGAAGGUCGAGUCAAGAUGAUGACAUCUCAUGGAAAGCUGAGGAGGGAGAAGGGAAGUCUGGCCGAAUACGAGUCGCAGAUGAAAGACCUUCGGGCGCAGCUGACAGACCAGAUAAAGAUUUUGGACUCUCAGGUGGAGGUGAAACAGCAGCAGCUCUCGGAUCUGUCUGAGUUUCUCCGACGUCGCGGCGACAUCGAGGCCGAAUACGCUCGAGCCCUCGACAAACUCACCGAGAGGUUCACCCACAAGACUAAGAAGAAGGAGCAGUGGGGUCAGUCGGUGUGUCAGGUGUGGUCGGUUCUGUUGACCCAGACCCGUCUGGAGAGCCGAGAACAUGCAGCGCUGGGUGAUACCUGCUGCAACACACUGACCCAGAGGCUGGUACACAGUACAGAGGACACACACCGGCUGCACAAACGGAGCAAAGAAGUUGGGAUCCAGAUGCAGGACGAGUUGAUGAAGGUCACCACUGAGCUGCAGACGGCUUUAAAGACGUACAACCAGUACCACACUGACUGCCUGAUAGCCGAGGGGAAGCUGAAGGAGGCCGAGCGGUUGGAGGAAAGACACACCGGGAAGUCUGCAGAACUGGGACCAGGUCAGCUGGUCGGACAGAGGAGGAGUUCUGUCAAGAAGAUGGAGAGAUUAAUGGAGAAGAGGCACGGCAGAGUUCAGGAGACCCAGCUGAAGUGCACCAAAGCUCGGAACGACUACCUGCUGAACCUGGCAGCAGCGAACGCAGCCAUGAACAAGUAUUACCUGCAGGACGUCAGCACGCUCAUCGACUGCUGUGACCUUGGUUUCCACCUGUCCGUGGAGAGGGUGAUGAAAUGCUACCUGGCCAGCAGGUGGCGCAUCCAGAAGACGGAGGAGACGGGGCUGAAGCAGCUGGAGGCCGCCGUCACGUCCCUGGACCAGGGAGGAGACAGAGAUGCGUUGCUACAGCAACACGACUCGGCCUUCUGCCUCCCGUUCAGAUUCAACUACCAUCCACACGAAGGAGACCAGGUGUGCGAGGUAAGCGCAGAGAGCCAGGUGAGGUACGAGCUGGAGACCCGGUUCCAGCAGCUUCAGUCUCGCCUCGCUGCCGUUACCUUGGAAACAGAGGAGGUCAGUAAAACACUUAAAGCCACACUCGCCGCCCUGCUGGACACGAUGUGCGACAGCGACUGUAACCCCUCCCCCGACGUGGUCAGCAGCCUAUCACACGAGCCGCCCGGAGGAGGAACCCUCCCCAAACUCACCCUCGCCAAGCGUCGAGCCAAUCAGCAGGAGACAGAGACCUACUACUUUACAAAAGUGAAGGAGUUCCUCACCAGCAGCUCUCUGACGUCCAAACUUCAAGCCAAACACGAUCUCCUCCAUGAUGCCAUACAGAAAGCUGAGGCUGUGGACAGCGACCCUUCCAGAAUGCAAAGUGCUCGGUCGGUUCGCGUCAGGAAGUCCCGACCCGUUUCCCAAUUCUGCCACACACUCUUCACCACAGACAUACUGUCCUACAUACAGAGCUCUGGCCAGCAGAUUCCCGUGGUGGUUGAAAGCUGCAUCCGCUUCAUAAACCUUCACGGCCUCCACCAUGAAGGGAUUUUCAGAGUUCCAGGCUCUCAGAGGGAAGUUAACCUCAUCAGAGACGCAUUCGAGAGAGGAGAGGAUCCUCUGUCGGACAGCGAGUGCGACCUGGACUCGGUGGCCGGAGUGUUGAAGCUUUACUUCCGGGGCCUGGAGCCUCCUCUGUUCCCCUACGACAGCUACUCCCAGCUGCUGGAGUGUGUCCAAAUCGAGGCGGUGACGGAGAAAGCCGCCCAGAUUAAGGCGAUCGUCUCCACCUUCCCUCGGCCUCUCCUCAUCGUGAUGCGAUACCUGUUUGCUUUCCUCAACCACGUGUCUCAGUACAGCGACGAGAACAUGAUGCAGCCCUACAACCUGGCCGUCUGCUUCGGUCCCAGCCUGCUCAGGGGGCUGGACUCGGACGACGCCGUCGCCAGGCAACCGCAGGUCAACGACCUCGUUAAGACCAUGAUCCUCCAGCACGACAUCAUCUUCCCUGGCCAAUCGGAGCUGCCGGGCCCCGUCUACGAGAAGCACAUGACUCUGGAGCAGGAGUACUGUGAACCAAUCACAGAGGAGGGAGACGGAGAAACUGAACAUCUGCCCAGUGAGGACGAGUGGGAGGCCGUGGCCAUGUUCGACUACGUGGCCCGAUCUCCAGCAGAACUUUCCUUCAAGCAGGGAGAACCUCUCAUCCUCCACAGCAAGGCCUCAUGUGAUUGGUGGAGAGGGGAGGUGGGCGGAGUUAAGGGUCUAAUCCCUCACAAGUACAUCAGCGUCCUGGAAGGGUCAGAACGAGGGAAACGAGAGGAAGGAGGAGGAGGAGGAGGAGGAGGAGGAGGAGGAGGAGGAGGAGGCAGCACUGGAAACCUGACAGCAGAAGAUCUGCAGACGGAGAACACGACCCGGAUGCGGGUGAACAGCGACAGCGCCUCGUUGCCGGGGCGACAGAGAGGAAGUGAGGGGAGCCCCAACAGGAAGCCGCCGACCUCCCCGGCUACAAGACACCUGCCAGUGUCUCAGGAGCGACGCCACACUCUGGACACUGUGAGACAAGGAGCCUUCAGAGCUCCAGACAGACCUCAGUUCAGUCAGAUGGAACGACCGGCCAUCGAUAAGGACAUGAUCAGCCGUCAGAUGAACUCGGUGUUUAAGGAGCUUCUGUCUCGCCAGCCUCCGGUCCAGCCGUCCAGCCUCGCCACCGCCGCUCUUCCUCCUCCAUCUUCCUCCUCCUCAUCCUCCUCCAUCCCUCAAGCCGCCCCCGCUGCCAAAAAAGUUGGCUUCAGUCUGAGGGGCCGAGCGUUAUUCAGACCGGUGGACUGAAACCUGAUGCUGCCGACGGUGAAGAUUUAUUUUUCUGACACUUGUAUGAUAAUAAUAAUUGCGUCUCUGCCAUCUCAUAGUGCCACUAGUCUCGGUGCCGUGUUCCUGUACGUCCAGUGUGUCUGUUCUCCAGCUGGGUUUGGUCUUUUUUUUUAAUGUUCUGCUCAGUUUUUUUAUUUCAUUCGUGCUCUCCAGGCUUUUUUUAUUUUAUUUUAUUUGGAGAAUCAGGGAUGUGACUUCACCAGUGAUAUCACCAGACUGACCUUUAAAAAGUGGUUGCCAUGGUACUUACUGUACAACAACAACAACAACAAUGAAAGACUUACGCUGUCCCCUAGUGGCAGGUCUGAGAUCAGCAACACGCAAUCGUGGAGGUUUUAUUUUGAAACGGAAACUGAUCUGGGGCCUGUGUCUAGGAGUGCCUUCACAUCUUUUACUCUUCACUUUGAUUUCACUUUUUAAAGACCUGAUAGGUUUAAACUCCACAUUUAAUGUUAAAAAAAAUAAAUGAUAAAAAAUGUUUACGGAGCCCAAAGUGUUCAAUAUUAAAAAUAUUACAACAUACAGGAAGUAAUGAUGGGAAUAAAUUGUGUAUAAUAUCUAAUUCUAAGUUAUUCAAACCCUCAUUAUGGCAUCUAAUUUCAUCAUUCUCCACCAAAAUAACAUUAAAUAUAAUUUUAAUUUAACUAUAGACAUUUUAUUUGACUUUAAAUGUAUUUCCAAAAGCCCAUAAUUGUUUUAAAUUGUAUUUUCUAGGAAAAAUUCGCACAAAAAAAUGAUGUAACAGACACUGGAAAAACUAUUUUAGCCAAAAUAAUAAUUUUUCCACUGAAACAAAUAUAAAAGUGAUGAUUUCUGCUGUGCACGGUGGCAUUUUGUGCCAUGAUAUACCUGUAAUCCAAAAAUUGUAGCUCCUGUAAUAUGAAUAUUGCACUUAGCCAAACUACGAUUUUGAAAAUAUUUCAGUUAAUUAUCAAGCCGUUGUAUUUCCUCAGUAUUUCAUUGUGCUUUUUAUUCAAUAAUUGCUGUAAAUCCACACAAAACACAGAAACGGCUGUAGUUUUUAGCUCUUUUCUUGACAUAGCUGCAAUGCAACAUAGCUAGCAGGCUAAUGAGCUAAGCCAACGAGCUAUGCUAACGAGCUAGGCUAGCAUGUGAGCUUAGUUAUUAAAUUAUUUUUUAUUAAAGUAUUUUUGAACACCAAAGUGUAGUCCAGUGUUAUUAGCAUUAACUAGCUCUCCUUGAAUUGCGCAACACUGACAAAGACUGCCUGAUUUUCUAACUUUCACUGAUGCUAAUUACAAAACUCCAAGCUCACAACCUCAGCUAGCAAGCUAACCUGCUUUAUUUUUGCAUUGUUUACAUUAUUUCCUCCAUUAUUGUACAGUCUUGCUACUGAAAUUAACAGCAGAAGUUAGUUUCUGUGUUUUCUGUUUUUUUUUUAAGUAGCAGCCAAUUCAGAGUUACUUUUACGCUGUUUUUUUUAUUAGCUAAUAGCAGCUAAUCGGCUAAUUUGUUAGCAGUCGUUGGGCCUAACAGCAGGUGGAGUGUGAUUGGCUGAAAGUAAGAGAAAUAAUGAUGCCACUGUUAUUAAACGUGGCAUUAUUACAUAAUAAAGUUAGAAAUACAGCAUUUUGAAUUAAAAAAUGCCACAUGGAGAACCCAGUCCUCCACCAAGGUCAACACUGUCUUCCCAUUUUAAAGAAAAGUGUUCUGGAUGCGCUCCAAAAUGAAAUGGAUUCUUCUUUUGGCUGCGAUCCACUUCUAAAGCAAGUUUAAUUAAAUUCAGCUUGGUAGUUUUUGCACAAGACAGACCAGCAAAUCACACUAAAAGCAUUUGUUUUCCUUUAUGAAAUAAAGUCACAAUAAAAAUAACAUUCCAUAAUAAUUAUAUGAACCUAAUUAUCUGGCAAAUUAUAGCAUCAUUUAUAUAUUUUACACAAUUUAUUCAUUUAUUUUUCAACUAUUUCUGUAUUUAUUGGACCCUUUGGGCCUCUGUAGAUGUUAAGCUGGAAUGAAAGGUUGGUAUUUUUUGCAUAGCAGCAUGCAGCGUUAGAAAACACACACAAACACACACACUGAUGGAAAACACACAUUCCCCUUCAUAUGUGAUACAAGGCCUGGCGAGCAGGCCGGAUCUCAGGGCUUCUGCAGAGUUAAAGACGGGCUAACUCAGGUUUGGCUUCGGAAGGAACAAGUUUAGAGAUUCUCACUCAGGUCUUCGGUUGACUCGCUCUUCAACUGGAAACUGUGCCCAACUUUCAAGAGCCAAAAAAACGGCCCCCGAGUCGGAGAGGAGUCCAUCCUCUGGUCUAAACUGUGAACGCACCGGCGACGUUUCGGAGCCACGAUUGAUUGGAACUCUUUUGUCUCGUUCAUCCACAACGUUUCGGCCUCCAAGCCCCACCCACAGGUCCCGUUCAGACGCCAUUCAGGAGUUUCCGCAGUGAGCUGUGCCGAUUACUUUGACUCGGAAAGCAUUUGAAAUGUUCUUACAUGCAGCAUCUCCCCUCCGUUGUGUUUCGGUAUCGGAGACAUAGAAGUAGAUUCUGUUUUGUUUUAUUUUUGUUCAAUUCUAAUUAUUAUCAUCGAUUCUGCUUCUAUGAUUAAAACACCCUGUUGUUCUGGAUCACUGUUUGAUGAUGUCACUAAAUUUAUUGUGUCCAACUGUAUAUGUGGUUAAAAAUAUGAAUAUAAUAAAGAUGACAAAGUGAUGAAUGA